AUGCAGAACACCGACGGGGACAAUCCUCCGGCAGGGCCCCGGAGCAAGCGGAAGGUCGGGGGGGGCCCGGCGCAGCCCCCGCGCCGGCCCAAGAAGCGCUACAGCCGCCACGCCAAGCCCCCCUACAGCUACCUGGCCAUGAUCGCCCUGGUCAUCGUCGCCUCCCCCGGGAAGAAGCUGAAGCUCUCGCAGAUUACGGGUAGGAUCCGCGCUUUCUUCCCGUUCUUUAAGGAGAACUACCAGGGCUGGAAGGAUUCCAUCCGACACAACCUCUCGGCCAACGACUGCUUCAGGAUGGUGCUGAAGGAUCCGUCCAAGCCUAAAGGGAAAGGCAACUACUGGACGGUAGACGUGGAGCGGAUCCCCCCCGAAGCCCUGAAGCUGCAGAACACGGCCAUCUCUCGCCAAGAGGAGGUGGCUUUCGCCCCCGACCUCACCCCGUUCGUGUUGCAGGGCCUUCCCUACGUGCCUCCCGGUGGGGCUCCCGACCCCCAGGCGCCCCUCCCACCUGAAGCCCUUCCCGUCAAGGAAGAGAAGCCCCCCGAGCAGCCGUGCAGGAAGCCCUUCACCAUCAGCUCUCUGCUGGAGCCGCCACGGGAAGAUGGAAGAAGUGCCAAGCCAGGGUCGCCGAGCCCAGACGGGGCUUCCGCCAACUGCGCCCGCCCUCCUCUUGGGGAGGGCGGCCAAGGGGCCCACUGCCCGCCCGCCAGCCCUCCCCAGCCGCCCCCUGCCUGCUGCACAGACUAUUUCCAGACCCCUCCUCCUUGGCACAAUCAUGGCACUUCGUCCCCGGCUGGGGGUCCCUCCUUGCCCAUGCCAACCUUCCUCACCAUCCCGGCCUCGCUAAGCUUGCCCUGCUGCACUUUGGGGCCUGCUACCUACGCGAGUCCUCCUUACUGGAGCUUGGUGACGGCCCCCUACCCUCCACCCCCAUAUCCAGGCCUCCCCUCCGUCCCACUGGACGUACAGCAAGCUGUCCGGGUACCAGACGCCUCCUGGCUGGCCCCUCUGCCUUGGGUGGUCCCCUUCCAGCCCCUGCCCCCUCCCCAUAACCCUUUCUGA